GUUGGAUGCAUGAGACAAGUGCUCGGGCCUGGUGCACUGGGAAGACCCAGAGGGAUCGGGUGGAGAGGGAGGUGGGAGGGGGGCUCAGGAUGGGGAACACAUUCUGCUGCAAAUCCUGAGACUCCAAACUCAACCACCUCCAGAGAGGCCAGCACCCAGUCUUCUUCAGCUACCACCAGCCAAGGCUAUGUUUUACCAGAAGGCAAAAUCAUGCCAAACACUGUUUUUGUUGGUGGAAUUGAUGUUAGGAUGGAUGAAACAGAAAUUAGAAGUUUCUUUGCUAGAUAUGGUUCAGUAAAAGAAGUGAAGAUAAUCACGGAUCGAACUGGUGUGUCCAAAGGCUAUGGAUUUGUUUCAUUUUAUAAUGACGUGGAUGUGCAGAAGAUAGUAGAAUCACAGAUAAAUUUCCAUGGUAAAAAGCUGAAACUGGGCCCUGCAAUCAGGAAACAAAAUUUGUGUGCUUAUCAUAUGCAGCCACGUCCUUUGGUUUUUAAUCCUCCUCCUCCACCACAGUUUCAGAGUGUCUGGAGUAAUCCAAACACUGAAACUUACAUACAGCCUCCGACCAUGAUGAAUCCUAUAACUCAGUAUGUUCAGGCUUAUCCUCCUUAUCCAAGUUCACCAGUUCAGGUUAUCACUGGAUAUCAGCUGCCUGUUUAUAAUUAUCAGAUGCCACCGCAGUGGCCUGCUGGGGAGCAAAGGAGUUACGUUAUUCCUCCGGCUUAUACAACCAUUAACUACCACUGUAAUGAAGUUGAUACAGGAGCUGAAGUUUUGCCAAGUGAAUGCUCAGUUCAUGAAGCUACUCCAUCCUCUGGAAAUGGCCCACAAAAGAAAUCUGUGGACAGAAGCAUACAGACGGUGGUGUCUUGUCUGUUUAAUCCGGAGACUAGACUGAGAAACUCCCUUGUCACUCAGGACGACUACUUCAAGGAUAAAAGAGUUCAUCACUUUAGAAGAAGUCGGGCAGUACUUAAGUCUGUUUGA